AUGGCUGCUGCUGUGUCGCCGCUGUCCGCCGAGUCCACCUCGCCCGCCGCCCAGCACCCCGAAAAGCGCAGGAAGAUCACCCGCGCAUGUGACGCCUGCAAAGCCAAGAAGAAGCGCUGCACCGGCACCCAGCCUUGUCCGUCGUGCGACAAGGCCGCAAAGCCGUGCACUUACCUGGCCAGCUACACCCGCGGCCGCUUCUCCACUCCGCCGCCGUCGCGCGGCCUCGACGCCCUUGUCCUCGCCGCCGAGUCCCACGAUGUCCACUUCGCUACCGGCCGUGACCGCCGCCCCUCGUCCACCCGCACCGCCGACCCUGCCAUUGCUGCCCCGUCUCCGCCCGCCAACCGAGCACUGCCGUCGCCCGAGAUUGCCGCCCAGAGGCACCACUCCCUGAAUGCUGCCUACGCCAUACCGGUGCACUCGCCCGGCCAAGCCUUCGCACAGCCGCAGCCUCCGUCCUUCCUGCCCCCGCUUCCGACCUUCCAGCAACCCCAACCGAACGGUGCGACGGUAGACCAGCCGAGUGCUGCGUUGCAGCCGUUGCUGACAGCUGCCGACCAAUUGCGUCCCUCGACCAGCAAGGACCCCUCGCGCCGCCCUUCCCCGGAGCCCGACGGAAACUUUGAUGGCCACUACCUUGGCCCCAGUUCCAGCGUCGCCUGGUUGCGGAGAGCCCUGAGGAAGCUGGGCCAGGCCCGCGCCCUGAAAGAGAAGCUGCACGACGAGUCAAAUCAUGCGAGUCCGAAAGACGCCACCGUCUUCAACUAUGGCGACAAGGAUGCCCCGCCAACCUUGGGCCCGCACCUGUCCCUGCCGUCUGCCGAGCGCACCGAGUACCUACUCAUCCGGUACUUUGAGUUUGCCGCCCCGACCUAUAGGUUCCUCCACCGUCCUACCGUCGAGUCUUGGCUCGCUGCAAUGCAUGACCCAAACACUUCCCUGCAACCCGCGAAGAAGGCUGUAGUUUUGGUCGUCCUCUCGAUAGCUACCUUGUACUGUCUCAGCCAAAUCAAAGACCCGGAACUGGAGAUCCGUCGCGAGAGCGAGAUGUACUAUCGUGAGGCGCAGUCUCUGCUGUCCAAGGAGACCGGUCCCGCAACCUUGGAAUCAGUCCAGGCCAGAUUCGCUUUGGUUCACUACCUGCUUAGCACCGCAAGAUCAAAUCAAGCUUGGUUCACAUUUGGCACUACCGUGCAACUGGCAAUGGCGCUUGGUCUCCACCGUAGACGCAGCUUGGGCGAUAGGGCUGAGUCUCUUAUCAUCCGCGAAUGCCAAAGACGCCUAUUCUGGUCCAUGUACACUACAGACCGCUACAUGUCCGUCAUGUUCGGCAGACCGAGAUGGAUCCAGGAUGACGACAUCAGCCAAGAAUACCCGCUGUCGGUGAACGACGAAGAUCUCAAGGCUACCGAGAUCAUUUCGCCCGGGCAGAAUGACUGCCUUGAAGACGCUGCCAUCUUCCACUCCAAGCUGACCAGAAUCGUUGGACGUGCUGCCAAAGAGCAGUACACCAUGCCUUCGAGGACAGAGACAGAGCGUCUAUCAGCAGCAUCGAAACACAACAGAGAUCUCCGAGCCUGGAAAGCCGAACUUCCCGCCUACCUUUCAGGGGCAAUCAGGCCAUCGAGCUUGAUCCCUAUUUUCCGUCGGCAGUCGACAGUACUCAAACUGGCAUACGCUCACGCCGUCAUGCUCGUCAACCGCCCGUUCCUACUCAACCUCUCAAAACAUGGCUACCAUUCCACGUCUCCUAACCCCGCCACGCGCGACCGCGUCGAAGAAUGUCUCGCAGCCGCCCGCACCGCCAUCGAGAUGGUCCUCAAUUACAUCACCGAAGGCCAGCCCUUCUCAUCCUUCUGGUUCACCCAGUACGUCGCUUUCAAUGCCCUGGCCAUCACCUACCUCUACCUCCUCCAUUCGCGCUCCCGCGAAGGCGUCGACAUCCUCUUCCACCACCGCGACCUCCUCUCCCUCGCCGACGCCUGCCAGCAAUACCUCGUCGACGUCACCGAGGCCAACGCCCCCAGCAUGCGCUACAGCAUCAUCCUCGAAGAGCUGCGCGAGGAGCUGAGUCGACAAGUGUCUUUGUCGUCUUCUUCUUCCACCUCCACCUCCAACUGUAACAACAACAACAACAACAACAACAGUAUCAACGGCUCGUCGUCGUCGUCGGCGGCGGCGGUAGCGUCCACGAAUGGUGGCGCGGCCGACGCCUCGUUCUUGCACCCGCACCCGGCAAACGGCGCACUCAGCCCACGCCACUACCCCGCAGCGCUGCCGAGCGACGGCGCGAUAUUGCUGGACGGCGGCGGCGGCGGCGGCGGAGACUCGGAGCGGUCCCACCAGCAAGGCGACGGCGACGCUGGGAGCGGCGUCCCCGGAGGCGAUUUGCAGGCGCAGCUAGACUUGGAUCUGGACUUCUGGCCGCAGUUGGACUCGUUGCCCAUGUCGUAUUCGAGCUGGGGCGAGUCGGUCGCGGAGUUGGGGGUUGUGCCGAGUGGGUGA